AUGGAAAGCAACAACGGUACCGGCGCGCCCGGCGCCUUCAACAACCAGCAGGUUGACAAUGCGAUCCGCGCCAUCCAGCAUAAGAGGCCAUUGCCCGAGAUCGACUUCACCAUUCACACCAUGGAGGAUGGCACCCAAGUGAGCACCAUGGAGCGUGUCUGCAAAGAUGUCCAGGCGCCUGCCAUGUUCAAGCCCAGCGACGAGCAGUUCUUCGAGGACGAAACCCACAGCAAGCCCGACAUCCAGUUUCUGAAGCAACAUUUCUACCGCGAGGGCCGUUUGACCGAGGAGCAAGCACUAUGGAUCAUCAGGGAGGGUACCAAGCUUCUGCGCGCCGAGCCCAACUUGCUGGAGAUGGACGCUCCCAUUACCGUUUGCGGUGACGUUCACGGCCAAUACUACGAUUUAAUGAAGCUCUUCGAGGUCGGUGGUGACCCGGCCGAGACCCGAUAUCUCUUCCUGGGCGACUACGUUGAUCGUGGUUACUUCAGUAUCGAGUGUGUCUUGUAUCUCUGGGCGCUCAAGAUCCACUACCCCAAGACCCUCUGGCUGCUGCGCGGAAACCACGAGUGUCGCCAUUUGACCGACUACUUCACCUUCAAGCUCGAGUGCAAGCACAAGUACUCGGAGGCCAUCUACGAGGCAUGCAUGGAGUCGUUCUGUUGUCUGCCGCUGGCGGCAGUCAUGAACAAGCAGUUCCUCUGCAUUCACGGCGGUUUGAGCCCUGAGCUCCAUACUCUCGACGACAUCAGAAACAUUGAUCGUUUCCGCGAGCCCCCUACACAAGGCCUCAUGUGCGACAUCCUCUGGGCCGAUCCCCUAGAGGACUUCGGCCAAGAGAAGACGACUGACUUUUUCGUACACAACCACGUACGAGGUUGCUCAUAUUUCUUCUCCUAUUCGGCUGCUUGCCACUUCUUGGAGAAGAACAACCUUCUCUCCAUCAUCCGCGCGCACGAGGCCCAGGAUGCGGGCUACCGUAUGUACCGCAAGACCAGGACAACCGGAUUCCCUAGUGUCAUGACCAUUUUCUCCGCGCCCAACUAUCUCGACGUUUACAACAACAAGGCUGCGGUGUUGAAGUACGAGAACAACGUUAUGAACAUCCGUCAGUUCAACUGCACGCCUCAUCCCUACUGGCUCCCGAACUUUAUGGACGUUUUCACCUGGUCGCUUCCCUUCGUCGGCGAGAAGAUCACGGAUAUGCUCAUCGCCAUUCUCAGCACCUGCUCAGAGGAGGAACUCAGGGAGGAUUCUGCGACAACCUCGCCCGGUCCAGCCUCCCCGGCCCUCACGUCUGGCGCCAAUCAAGACCCCGAGUCUAUCGAGUUCAAGAGACGGGCGAUCAAGAACAAGAUCCUUGCCAUUGGUCGUCUCUCUCGUGUCUUCCAGGUCCUCAGAGAGGAGUCCGAGCGGGUCACGGAACUCAAGACCGUUUCUGGUGGUCGUCUUCCCGCCGGUACUCUCAUGUUGGGUGCCGAGGGUAUCAAGAACGCCAUCAGCAGUUUCGAGGAUGCCAGACAGGUCGAUUUGCAGAACGAGAGGCUUCCGCCAAGCCACGACGAGGUUGUUAAGAUGCAGGAUGAGGAGCGCGCUCAGGCCUUGGAGCGGGCGACGAGAGAGGCUGACAACGAUACGAAGUUGCAGAGCCUCUCGAGGAGGCUUAGCACGAUACGGAACUACGUCAGGGAAUCGAGUGAGGGUCUCAUAGGAGUUCUCUGGGAGUAA